UCCAUGUCUGUCCUACCUGAUCAGAUCAUCACUAAGCAGGGACCUUUAGCUCGUGUUUGGUUAGCUUCCCAUUGGGAAAGAAAGCUAUCAAAGUCUCAAUUCUUACAGACCAAUCUCGAAAAGACGAUUGAUGCCAUCAGCAUCACUCAGCAACAGGAACCUUAUGCCUUGCGUGUUUCGGGACAGCUCUUGUUGGGUGUUGUACGCAUCUAUUCUCGCAAGACUCGUUAUCUCUUGGAAGAUUGUAAUGAAGCUCUUGUGAAGAUCAAGCUGGCUUUCAAAAAGGGCAAUGUCAACAUGCCCGACAUUAACCAAUCGGUUGCUAACCUCGGAAGCAUUACAUUGCCUGAACGACUCACAGAAUUUGACAUUCUUCUUCCCAGUAUCUCUUUCAACGCCUUAUAUACCAAUCCUGUCGAUUCCAGAGAUGCUGUACUUGAUAAUCUUGAAGGAUUAUCCUUCUCUCAAGACAUCACUCUUACUGAUGUUCAGGACGGUUUAAUGAGUGGAAGCUGGGGAUUCGAUAUGAUUGAACAGAGACGCCGUGACAUGCUGACCGACACCGAACGCCCAUUCGAUUUCUCGAACAACACAUUCUUUGAUAUUGAGGGCGGUCGUCGUGAUGCUGUGCAGACUGGCGAGUUUAGCGACUUUUUCGGAAUGCAGGACAUUGAAGAGCCCAUGAACAAGAUGGGUCUCGAAGACAAUGUCCAACCUGUAUUGGACAACAAUGAUUCCGUGGACUUUGACUUUGAUCUUGGUGAUGAUGAGAUGAAUACCAGACCUCAGACCAACAACGAGUUCGCUUUUCCUGAUGAUCAAAACGAUGCACUCAACCGCCAGCGUGAGACUAGCGAGAUGACUGAUGCUCCUUUCCUGGAAACCUUGACUCAAACAGACGUGCCUGCUAUUCAAGAGCCUGCGCGUCGUAGACGCCGCCUUGUUGUUGACAAGGUGACAGAGAUUCCUCACGAUGAACUCAAACAGUACAUGCAGGAUACUUCCACAAUCAUUGACAAGUCCGCCGAUGAGCAACAGUACAAAGAAUUGAAGUCUAUUGAAAAGGUGGACCUUAUGCGUCCAUCUGCCUUGACUUCUGUUUCUGGCCUUGAUAACCUGUUUGCCUCUUUGUCUCGUAAGCGCAGAGCUUCUCAGAUGAUUGUAGAGAACCAGGAUGUCCAUCAAGACAAUGUCAUGCAAGACGACACCGGUUUUGACAACUAUGAUUUUGAUGCUCCUGAUAUGGAUGAUAUUUAUGAAUCUCGUCCUCCUCAGGACUUGGCUUUUGAGGGCAGUCAGGAUAGCUAUCGCCCUAACAGUCAGUCUGCUAUUAGCACACACGCUCAGAUGACAUUGGAGAAGAUUGAGAAAAUCACUGUGGGUAAUCGCUCGGUAGUCUUUAGAGAGUUGGCACCUACAACCAAGGCAGAUGCUGCUCGCAUGUUUUAUGAUAUUCUCCUUUUGUCCACAAAGGAUAAGAUCCAAGUCAAACAGACUAAUGCCUUUGGAGACAUCCAAAUCCGCCCUCAUGCUGCUGCCUUUUGAAUUGAAUAGAGACACUCUGUGUUCAUUUUCUUUCCAUCUCUCCAUCUCUACCUUUCUAUCUUUUUCUAUCUCUCUAUUUCUCUUUCUUUCUCUAAUCUUAGCAUGUACAGACUUCAUUGUGUUAUUCCCUUUCAUUUUAUUUUUAUUUUUAUUGGUAAAAGCAAAAUCAUCAAAAACGAG